CUAUUUACUUUUCUUUUUUAUAUUCAACAUGAAAAUAUGGCUAAUUCUUCUUCCACUACUUUCUUGUCAUCUACUCAACUCAAUGGUAUCGCUGACAAAUUGUCCUCAGUAGAUGAUCGUCAAAAGUAUCGACAAAUUAUCAAUCUAUCCUCCAAUAUUCAAACCAAACUUAAUCAAUUACGUCUGGAACGUAUGAAUGCCAACACCUUUUCUAAUCAAAUUCAAUCUGCACAAAACGAUUCCUUCAACCUUGCAGAUUCACAAAAACCUUUAUCGAAUUCCACAAGUCUUAUUACUUCUUCACCAAUGGAACCUGACCGUCAACAAAUGAAAGACUUAUCCAGCAUAAAUCAAGAAGAACACUAUGCAACAAUCGCUCUAGAUAACACUUCAUUGAAAGACCGAACAUCCUUGUGUAUCCCACCUGUUACAUCAGAAUCAAUACAACAAGAAUCAAUAAUAGAAGAAAGAAGAGACUCAGCCGUGGAUGUCCUUUUACAACAACCUUCAAUCAAUACAGAUAUCAACUUUCAAGAAAAAGCUCUACCGUCCUUUCCUGAUGCAAAACAUGAUAGUAUCCUUGAUUAUUAUGAUGAACAACCUAUUAACAAUAAUAAUUCAAGCAACAAAAAAUCCAAAGUGACAUUUGCGGAUCAGUUGGUCGCCGUAAAUCUUUAUAAUGAUAAUCUACCACCUUCUCCAUCUAGUUGUGACUUGAGCAAUAAUUAUUACAGUAACAAUGAUGUUGAUGCUUCAUUUUUAUUGAUUACUCCACCUGCAUCACCAAGACAUAUUGAUUACUCCAACUCUUUCACCAAUGAAACAUCUAUUACCACCAUAUACAAAGAACAUCCAUUACCAUUACCUCCUAUUAUUCAUGUUCAAAAGAAAAUCAAUGGAUUACUUGGAUUUCUAACACGAACAUAUCAACUCAACGAAAUCAUCUCAUCCAGAACAUUGAUCUCUACUCUGGGAUUAUUCAAUGCUAUGGAUUCUACAACAGGACAUGCCAAAGCAGUACUCAAGGUCACAAUGACAUCCACACAGAUCAAACCUAUUGAUGAACAAAAUAAUGAUGAUACUUUGGAUAAUGAUAUGCUGUCACUAUUUGGAUUUACCUUUUUUGCUUCAGUAAAACGAUCACCAAAUGUCAAACGUCCAAAUCGUGAAGAUCCUGAUUGCUUGGUUGUAUCGGAUCAUAUUGUGGCUGAUGCUCUCGAUUAUUGGAUUCAACAUCAAACUGAUCAGCUACCUCGAUUGACAAGUGCUAGUCAUAUUUUACGAGAAAGUGUGAAAGUAUAUGUGGUUUAUGACAAGUCUUUGUUCCUCAAGGAUCAAUUAUCAAACUAUUGAUUUCGUUCUAUUUUUCUUGUUGCUUUGAAUUUAUUCUUAACAUCAUUUAUCUAUUCUCCAUUCAUUAUCAUUUCUUUAAUCUUACAUAUCCUUGUCAUUCUUGUUUAUAGUUUAUUGAUCUUUCCUUUUUUUUUUUAUGUAUAUACCCUUACCUAUAAUAGUCUUCAUUUAUCUUCACAAUUGAUUCAUUCCUUUAUUAAUAAAGAUUUACC